AUGCCCAUGGAUUACUAUAUGUUGAACCUCUGCACACAAAUCCCAUAUUCGUUGCGGAAGCUCCCUUCUGUUAUAUUAGCUUAUGUUCUCUGCCUUCUUUUGCUUCGAACUACUUUGGUUCGAAGUGUGGGCUAUCUUUACUUACGCGUGCUCGAUCCUCCUGAAUUCGCGACCAUCUUCAAGCUAACAGUUGCGCGGAUCGGUCCACCUUUUAACACAACCAAUGAACAUUACUUGGUGCCGAUCAAACCUGAGAGUGCGUGCGAGCCUUUCACUAGAAAUCUUGAAACAGAUCUUCCGUUGGCAGGCCAUAUUGCAUUCAUUUUGAGGGGCGGAUGCAGCUUCGUUACUAAGGUAAUCAAUGCUCACGUUGCUGGCGCAGUCGCGGCGAUUGUUUACGACUAUACACCAACUUCUACCCAAACUUUCAGUAUGGUACAGGACGAGACCUCGAGAAGAGUACUGAUACCCUCGGCAUUUAUGACUGGAAAAGACGGUCAUACCAUACUUGAUGCGUUGGAGAAUUGGAAUCGCACUCGAAUAUUUGUGGACUUUCCCUUGAACCGGACUAGUUCAUCUUCCGUUCGUUUGCGAAUUAAUUCAUGGACGUUGUGGUAGAUAGCGUCUAUCCAUGACAAACGCGUUUUAACACUUCUUUUGAAUGUUACUGUAGACCCGCGUUUAGAUUAUUCGGCAAGGCGUGUACAUCUUAUGAUUUGGAAUAUUGUGCUUUACCUUCAGCCUUUCUUUCUGCGACCCCUUUUUUGUCAACAUAUAGUCUGUAUCAUACAGUUUCAAAAUAAACCGAGUCAGCGUUUGAACUCCUUUCGGACGUUGUACAUUUUUGCACGGUCUACCGUUGUUUCUCGAUUUAUUACGCGAUUAGUUGGACAGACAUAUGCACUCGACAAGUUUUACUCAGAUCUCUCCCUUGUGGCGAUCCCAUGCAUUGCACAGACUCAGCAGUCUUUGAGAGUUCCUAUGUAUGGAGUCUUUGCACUGUUAAACUGAGUCAC